AUGUCCUCGCGCAAGAUCUCGUCAGAGUCGUUCAGCUCGAUGGGCUCGGAGUGCCUGGAGAGCCCUGGAGAUGAUGGCGACUCCUGCCCAUUUUCACGCAUCUGGAACGGCAAGAGCCCCGUGGAGAAGCUCGCGUGCCCGUUCGAGGACGCACCGGGACCCAAACGGGCGACAAGACGGAAGCGCGUGAACCUGGACUCGCUCGGGGAGAGCUUGAGGAGGUUAACGUCGCCCACGACACAGAUGGUUCAACAGUCUUUACAGAGAACCUUAGAGUUCUACAGACAGAAAGAGAUCAGGUGCAGAGAGGAUGGGAAGGAGGAAAAGAAAAGUGUUACUUUGGAGAAGUGUCCCUUUGUGGAUCAUUGUGGUUCUGAAGAAGAGGCAGACAUCUCAGGAAUACUACAGUACAUGGCUACUCUACAGGGUGUGCGGUUCUGUGAGCUGAGGGAGCGUUUCGGGGAGGAGUUCUUCGGUCUGUGUUUCGAGGAGAAUGAGCGGGUUCUAAGAGCGGUGGGAGGGAACCUGCAGGACUUCUUUAAUGGCUUUGACGCCAUCUUAGAACACAUCAGAACCUCGACCGGACGCCGCGCCUCUUCAGAGAGCCCCUCCUUUCAAUGCAAAGACCCUCACGAGGAGGAGAGAGGAGGAGGAGGAGGAGGAGGAAGAAGGGAGAGGGUGGGAGGAAAGCUUCUCCUCCUCCACUGCUUUAACCCCGCCCCUGUCGUGGGAUUGGCUAUGCCUGGUCUGAUCCGAGCCGUCGCACGCCGAAUCUUCCACUCCCAAGUUGUGGUGAAGGAAGCCCCUCCCCUAGCGCCCUUGUCGCCCAAUGAGGACCCAGAACACUCAGGAGGAGACUCCACCCCUACACCGACCCCCUCUCCUUCCGCGUCACCAUCACCCCCUUCCCCGUCUGUCCCCGUCUGCCUCUCCUUCCUCAUCAGAGAAACAUCACCCUCCCCUCCCUCCAUCCCUCCCUCCUCUGUCACUCUUCCAACAGAGACCUCCAAGCAGACCCUUCCGCCCCUCUCCCUCUCCCCCACUGACCUGCGCAUCGGUCCAGCAACAUUCUGCAGGGCCUUCCCCUUCCACCUGGUGUUGGGCCCCAGCAUGGAGCUGCUGCAGCUAGGGGAAGGUCUGAGAAGGCAGGCACGGAUCGAGCCUCACCGGACCCUCUCCUUCAGGGACUGCUUUGAGAUUAUCUCCCCCAGGAUCCAGCCCACCUUCCAGGCCAUACUGCUGCGUCUGGCCUCCCCCUUCACCAUCCGCACCCGGCCAGACUGCUCCCAGUCAGGCACCAAGGAGAAG